AUGGGUGCCCAUCAAGUUCAUCAGGUUUCAUAUGGAAAUUCUCAAGAACACAUUUCUGUGUAUCCAACAAUCUCAGCAGCCAGAAUGUAUAUAUCACUAUUAAUCAUCUACAAAGAAAAGUGCAUGAUUCCUGGCCUCUUGAAUAGUGCACCUGUGGGUUCUGUUAUGGGAUUCACAGAUAUUGGCUAUAUGAAAAAAUGCCUUUUUCAAAAAUAUAUCAAACAUUUCAUUCAUUCAAUUCCACCUAAUCGCUCUGUUUUAUUAAUUCUUGACAGUCAUAAAAGCCAUGUUAGUUAUGCUUGUGUUAGCCUUUGCUACAAUAACAACAUUUUUCUCUAUGCACUUUUGCCUCACACAACCCAUAUACUUCAACCUGCAGAACUUUCUUUCACUUAUCUCAAACAAGCUUAUGCUUAUAUUAAAACUUAUCUACCUAUGGCUAUUUGCAAUUCCUUCAAAGCAACUGGAAUCUGGCCAUUUAACCCAAAUGCAAUUAGUCCUAACCAUCUUGAUCCUUCUCUGGCAACAAAACAGUUCGAUACUUCAUCAAUGCAACCUUCUUUACAACCUUCUAUACAACUUCAUCUUUACAACCUUCUACUUCACCUUCACAAGCUUCUUUUAACCUAG